AUGGAGGACCUGUAUCCGGAAUUGAAGCAAAUGUUGCAGCAGCAACUCAAGCUGAUGGAAACCCUCACCGUCAAGCUCUCCAACUCAUCUACGGGCCAAUCGUGUUCUGCUGGUGGUUCGAAAUCCAUCGAUCACAUCAUCAGCAGUAUCAAUUCAUUCUUGUAUGAUCCGCAGGCCACCAUUAUUUUCGAUGCCUGGUAUAAAACAAUACGAGGAUUUGUUCUCUGUCGAUCUGGCAGCCCAAGAAGAUGCUUGAAAGGUACGACUCCUGCUCCGUAA